AUGCUCGAAUACUUGAACACCAAGAAGAGCCGCAAACCGGUGCCGGAGAGCGCCAGUUCCAGCGCAUCACCACAAGAGGCGCCGACGAAACCGCCUCGGCCGACGUCGACUGGCCCUGUUGAGGACGUUCCGGUGCUUGACCGGGACGAGCAGUCGUUCCUCGAGAACCUGACGCUCAACUGGGGCCCCUCGGACAACGAAGACAAUUAUGCCGACGGCGACGACGACGGGACCGGCGAGCGGCCGCCGCUGCCACCGCGCAUCAAGACACCCGACCUGACCUGGGACAGCGACAGCGAGUCGUUUGUGCGCGGCGAGCGCCUCGUGGCCGUCGACAACGACGUGUUGAUGCCGACAGAAGCGCGGGACAAGGGCAGCAGCGGCGUCGUCAGCGGCGGCAUCAGUGGCGUCGGCCGGCGGCUGUCGACCCUCUUCAGCUCCAAAAAGGGCAAAGACAAGGACCGGCCGCAUCCGGCACACCUCGUGGUGCCAGGCAAGGUCGACGUGGAUGCCGACGCCGCUUCGUCCAACAGCCAGCUGGCCGCGGCCGUGACGCCGACCGAAGAGGACCGGGAGCGUGCCGAUCUGGCGAGAGUGCUGGACGAUCUGGACCUCGGCAAGGACGGCCAGGACAACAAGGACAACAAGGACGGCACACCGCGGGGCAAGCAGUCCAAGGCCAACAAGUUUGCCGUCUCGCUGUCGGCCGAGUCCGCCGAGCUCGUCCGCCGGUUUGUCCUGGUCCUCAAAGACCUGGUGAACGGCGUCCCCACGGCGGCCGACGACCUCAAGAGUCUGCUCGACGACCGCGACGGCGCCCUCGCCCGCGGCUUUGAGCGCCUGCCGUCGAGCCUGCGCAAGCUCGUCUCCCAGCUGCCCGGCAAGCUCACGUCCUCGCUCGCGCCCGAGCUGAUGGCGGCCGCCGCCGCGUCCCAGGGCGUCGCGUACGAGGCAGAAAAGGAGGGCGUGACGGCCAAGGGCGCCGCCAAGACGAUGCUGCUGCCGCUGCUCACCAAACCCAACGCUAUUGUCAAGAUGCUCAAGGCCAUUAUGAACGCGCUCAAGCUGCGCUGGCCUGCCUUUAUCGGUACCAGCGCCAUCUGGAGUGUGGCCUUGUUCUUGCUCCUGUUUGUCCUCUGGUACUGCCACAAACGCGGCCGUGAGGUGCGGCUGGGAAAAGAGGCCAGCGAUGCCGCUGCUGGCCCUUCCAACACAGAAGCACCUGGCGGUGCCGAGACAGCCGGCACGCCCGAACCGCCGAUUGUGAUCGACAAGGUCUCUCCGAAAGAGGAGGCCGCGGCCGCGAGUGGCCUACCGCGGCCGCCCAUUGGCCCAGAUGCGCCGAAAUCGAAAUAA